AUGUUUUACAAAGAAGAAAUUCUAUCAGCUCCUUUAGCCAUAAAAGAAGAAUCUAAAAAAUUGAAAAAGCCAGAUAAUGAAAACCCAUUUGAUGAUUUUGAAUUCAAUGACAAAGAUUUAAACAAAGUGAAAAUAUUUUUAAUUGACCAAUAUAGUGUUUCUGUAGAAGAAACUAAGAAAAAGAAGAAAGUGUAA